AGCAGCAAACUGGAGGGGAAAGCAAACUGGAUCUGGGAGGAAAUGUGACACUAGGAUAUCGUACUCCAACUCCGAAGUAUCCUUAGUGAUCUUCCAGAAUGGAGGAACUUUAAAGCUUGGCACUACCAGCACCUAGGAGGCACUGAGCAGUUUGUAUUGGUCUGAAAAGAUGAACCACACCAACUUCACACCAGAAGCCGACACGGCUGUCCGAUCCAAAACUGUCACUGAAAACAUGCUUAUUACAGUGUCUCUGUCCAUAAUUACAACCUUGACCAUGCUUCUGAACUCUUCGGUCAUUUCAGCAAUCUGCCUGACAAAGAAGCUGCACCAGCCUGCCAACUACUUAAUCUGCUCGCUGGCUGUUACAGACCUGCUUGUCGCUGUUUUGGUCAUGCCCUUGAGUAUCACAUACAUUGUGAUGGAAAGGUGGACUUUGGGAUACUUCCUGUGCGAGAUAUGGCUGAGCAUAGACAUGACCUGUUGCACAUGCUCGAUUCUUCACCUUUGCGUCAUCGCGCUGGAUCGAUACUGGGCGAUUACAAAUGCUAUCGAGUAUGCCAGGAAGAGGACGGCCAAGAGAGCUGGAGUUAUGAUUGGCACUGUGUGGACAAUAUCCACCUGCAUCUCCAUGCCUCCUUUGCUUUGGAGAAACCACAGCGCUAACACCAAUUCCAGCGAGUGUCAGAUUCAACACAACCACGUCAUCUACACCAUUUACUCCACAUUUGGGGCAUUUUAUAUCCCUUUGACCCUCAUCUUGAUUCUCUAUUACAGAAUCUACCAUGCGGCAAAGAGCCUUUACCAAAAACGCGGCUCGAGCCGGCACCUCAGCAGCAGGAGCACCGACAGCCAAAACUCGUUUGCGAGUUGUAAGCUCACGCAAACCUUCUGCGUCUCAGACUUCUCCACAUCAGACCCGACCAUGGAAUUUGAUAGGAUGCAUGCUUCGGUGAGGACCUCUCCCUUUGACAACGACCUGGAUUUGGUUGGAGACCGUCAACAGAUUUCCACUGUGAGGGAGCGAAAGGCUGCACGCAUCCUAGGCCUCAUUUUAGGCGCCUUCAUUUUGUCUUGGCUGCCAUUUUUUAUCAAGGAGCUCGCUGUGGGCCUUCAGCUUAGCACCGUAUCGGCAGAAGUGGCUCACUUUCUGACAUGGCUGGGUUAUGUGAAUUCUCUUAUCAAUCCUCUCUUGUACACUAGUUUUAAUGAAGAUUUUAAACUUGCCUUUAAAAAACUCAUUAGAUGUUGGGAACACUCUUAAAAAUUAUUAUGGACAGCUACCAUGUGACUUAUGGGCCUUAAAUAUGAGCUGUGGGGGAGGGCGGGGAUACCUGAAACUGGAAACCUGUUUGAGUUUAUUUAUUUAUUAGCUUCGUUUGGAGG